GGGAGAAGGAGGAAAGAAGAUCUGAAGGCAGCAGACAGACAGACAGACAGACAGACAGACAGACAGACAGACAGACAGACAGACAGACAGACAGAGGCAACAAAGAGGGCCUGAAGGAAAGAAACAUCCGUGUAGACAUAUACAAACCUCGAGGCACCUGUCAUCCGGCAGCGAUGGCAGAUCUGGACCAAAUCGCCACAACCAUCAGGUCAAAGCAUGCUGCCGGGGAGUUGCAGAGGAACUUCCCCUUGGAUCCGAGAUGUUAUGAGAAGCACGCUCCUGUUGAUGUCAAACCUUGUGGAGAGUGUCAGGGCACGGGCAAGAUCCAUGAAACGCACACCAUCGGAGAUCUCAAAGGCAUUCCAGGAGCCGAUCGAGUCCUCGAGCGCAGUUGCAGUCAUUGUGGAGGUUUUGGAAUCACGGGCGACCACUCAACCAAGGUCGUUCAAGACUUUCCGAGCAAGCAAACUUCCAGGGUGAUCUGCAGGGUCGAGACAGCAUCAGACGAGGAGGAAGGGGUUUGUAACGAGGAUCUUGACGACAAGUUCGGCCCGAGUCCUUUCUUCAAGGCAACAAAGAGAUGAAGAUGGCAAGCUGUGUGACCUACAUUUGUAAUUUCUCCCCUUCAUCGAAUCUUGACCUUCUCGUUCUAAUGUAACGAUGUCUCUCUGUGAAAAAAACCUUCGAUCCGCUCUCAGCGAUCUGACCUUGA